UCACAUAAAUAAUUGCGUAGUGUUAAUUGUCAUGAAUGAUAGAGCAAUAGAAGUGCGGCGGGCGUCAGGCAAGCCUCCGCCACACCACGCCGCGCCUCCGCGACGGCGCGCCUGCGCGGCGCUAUCGACCCACGCCGGCCCGAUCAGUCGACCUGACACAUUCUAGGAAGUCACUUCAGAAACGUACCUGCAUAUCAAAUUAGUACAAUAGGAUUAAUAGUGGAAUAAAGUAGUGUCUCGAAAUCAUUAGGGUGGCCUCGAAAGUGGGACUGCGUCGUUAUCUCUGGAAGGAACGCCGAAAUGUUGCCGGUGCUGCUGUGGGUCUGGCUGUCGGCGGCGGCGCAGGGCCGCGAGCUGGACCCCGCGGCGUGCGCGGCGCGCUUCGACGUGCAGCGGGACAAGAUCAUCCGUACGGAGGAGUCGCGCGAGAUGGGCGCGCGCUACCUCUCCGAGCUGGACGUGGGCUCGCGCCGCGAGUGCCUGCGCCUCUGCUGCGAGACUGACGGCUGCGACGUCUUCGUCUUCGAGGAGAAGAGCCCCGGCAGCUGCUACCUGUUCAAGUGCGGACCGCCGGAGGACUUUCGCUGCAAGUUCACGGCGCACGGCAACUUCAGCAGCGGCGUGCUGGCGCUGAGCCGGCGCCUGGCCGAGCUGCAGGACCAGGAGCGCCUCGCGCCGCCCGACCCGCCCGACCUGGGAAGGCUGACAACGACGAGCACGGUGCGGCCGAGCGCGCCGGCACGCCCGCCCGAGGCGCCGCCGCAGCCGCCGCGCCAGCAGCCGCACCAGACGCCGCACCAGACGCCGCACCAGCCGCCGCAACAGCCGCCGCACCAGCUGCCGCAGGAAGCGCUACUCCCAAGUAUGCAUUAUCACGCUACACUUCUAAAUCGUCAUUCUACGUGUGGAUUAAUUAUUACUGGUUUCCCCGGUUUGGAAAACGAUUUGCACAGAGCUACUUAUCUUCAUCUCAUCUCAUACAAUAGCGGUGGCGGUCUGGUGGUGGGCGGCAGCGGCGGGGUGGAGGGGCGCAGCGGGGUGGCGAUCGCAAGGGGCACGGGCGGAGCGGGGCGCGCGGGCGGCGCGGGCGGCGCGAGCGUCGGCGGGCAGCCCAGCUCGGGCGCUUCGUCGCUGCCGUCCGCGCACUGCGCUAUGCCGUCGCACGCGUUGUACACCAUGCAGGAACAGGAUAUGUACGGAAAUACGUUAGGAAAUGGAAAUAUACUAUCAGGAGAGAGAGUACCAAACGGGCUGUCAGGGGUGGCCGCGGGCAAGACGAUGCCGGAGCUUCCGCUGAUGUACUCCGGCCAGCAGCAGGCGCUGCGCGACGCGCCCAAGAAGGGCUUCGAGCUGAGCGAGCGCAUGCCGACCCUCGCCCCGCCGCCGCGAGCGCCUGAACUACCCGUCCGCAGCAACGAGAUCCCAACCCUAGUCGAGAACGCUACUAAGAAAAAAGUUUUGAAGGAAAGCGAUAUACACGAGCAACAAAGCGUGAAAACGUCCCCGGCGGUAACAGGCAAUGUACCUGCAUCGGUAACAGGCAGCGAAUCGCACGCAUUUGCCAGCGACGUUGGAGCCGCAAGCAGCGGGUCGGGUGCGGCGGCAGUCGGCCCCAACGUGGCGGCGCGGGAGCAGUGGGCCGACGAGCACGACGGCUUGAGCGAGCACCCGCCGGCUGCUCUAUUGUUGCUCAUACUUGGCACGCUGAUGACGGCGGCGCUGGGCGCGCUGGCGGGCUGCCGGCUGCGCGCCGCGUCGCGCCGGCGCCGCCACCACCCGCGCUACGCGCUCGACGCAGACUACCUCGUCAACGGCAUGUACCUCUAACCAUUGAUGCAGUGCUAACAUGGCUCAUGUUAUGUCCAGAAAUAUAGUCAAAUGUAACUUCCUAAACGUUUCAUAGCAAGAGAAACAUAUGCGAGGUAUUACAAAUAUUAGAAAGAAGCAAACAAUAUGUCAUCAUGUCGUAGUUAUCUGCUUCGAUUACACGUAUAAAAUUGCGUAUCGAUGACAUUCACGAACGUGGCCUUCCUUUACGAGGUCUUCAAUUAAUCCACGGUACGAAAACAUGACAUUAUUAAUAUUGUCUAUUUCGAGCGAAGUUCGGGAUUAAUUUUUCGUAUACAUUUUCCUGCUAAUAUUGCGAGUCAUGUAAUAAGUCCAUGUAUGUAAUAUGUAAUGCGAUAGAGGCCUAAGCGACACUUUGAACUGACUACCUAGCAUAUAUAUUCAGUUAAUGAAUUCAUAAAUUAAUCAACUGAUUUAUGUCUACUUAAAAUUAAAACUAACAAGCUUUUAACUGAAAAUUGUGACACGAAACAUCAAAUAUAGGUAUAAAUAUUUAUAUGAAUAUAUUAUAACGGAUUGAUGCGAUUUUCUUUGAAGCAUAUUCAAUGUGUUUAAAUGUGGUUGUAAAAUAAACUAAAAAAACGUUAAUUUAAAUAUGUAAUUGUUUAAAUAUGCAGUAAUACAUGAUGAUGAAUACAUAUUCACUUCGCUUCCAUCUUUACUAUUUGUAUAGUAGAUGCAAUCUUAAAAUGUAUAAUAUUAUAAAGAACUGUAAAUAUUUAAUAAUUCUAUUAUUACAUUACGUAAAUUACCUGCGACGCAGACCAGCUGACGCGUACGCCGAGACUAGUGGGAGGAUGUGAACGUUCAAAACAUAGAUUAGGAUUUUACCAUGAUUUUACAAAGUUAAAACAUUAUAACGAUUUGUUUGUACAUUUAUGAAUUAUUAAUAAACAGGAUGUUAUUUUAUUUA